AUGGCAAACAACUCCAGCCGCCUUCCUUAUGAAGCAUGUCUGAUCCCGAACCUUCCUGAAGAAAUCCAGCAUCGAGUGAGAGACAUUAGUAACUAUGUUGUGCGACCGCUGUACAUGCUGUUUGCCGUCAUGGCAUUUGUUUGUAAUGCGCUGAUCUGCGUCACUGUAGCACGAACUAAAUCUCUUCAACGUCCUUCGCUGCUGACGCUGUGUAGCUUGUCGGUUACUGAUUUGUUAUAUGCUCUGUUUUCUCUGUAUAUGGGCACAAAAACAGUAUUAAGCGAGCACAUGUGUCUCGGCAAAGCGGGCCCCGAGGAAAGGGCCAUGAAUGUCUUGAGUAGCUUAGCAACCCUUGGCACUCUAGCAGUAAUCAGCAGAGAUCGUUAUUUGGCCGUGACAAAACCCUGGUGGUAUCGUAGUCACGUAAACACAUCACGUGCUAUUAAGAUAUCUUGUAUACCUUGGAUAAUCAGCGUGGCUUUAACAUUUGUCCACAUAGUUUACUUUGUCUACAAGUUUGACGGCGGAUACAAGCAACUUGCACACACCAUCCCCCUAGUGUAUUAUUGUGUUUGUUUCGUUAUCAUCAUUUCUAGUCAUCUUGGUAUAUAUCUUAAGAAAUCUCCAACAGUUGGAAUAAGAGAGAUACAGGCGGUAAUGAAGAGAGAAAAGAAAUCAGCUGCCACUAUUAGAUUGAUCUUGUUGGUAUUGUUGUUAACCUUCCUUCCAGCUCUCCCGUGGCCAAUAGUUUUAGGACUGAAAGGUAUAGACAAUGUUGGACCGUAUCGUCCUUUCAUAUCUUUCCUUUUCACCGUGGAUACGCUUGUGAAUCCUUUGUUGAACUUUGGUCGUAGUAAGGAUAUGCGCAGAGCGGUAAAAGGUUUAUUUAGGUGCUACCAGCACGUGCAACAACAGCAACAACAGCAACAGCAACAACAGCAGCAUUUCCAAUCAAGUUCAGGAAUCGAGAAUACAUUAACUGUAACGACAGGCAUGUAA